AUGUUCUUUAAUCGAAUCAUACUGGCCAAAAGAUUUACGCAUCGCCUGGCGUCUGCUUCCCCAAGACUACAAAAUUUGAGAAGUCUACCUUUAAAACCAUUUUCAGAAUUUCUGACUGAUACACAUGGAAGGAAACAUAAUUACCUCAGGAUCUCCAUUACAGAAAGAUGUAACCUGCGAUGCGUUUAUUGUAUGCCCGAAGAAGGAGUAGAGCUAACGCCUUCCGAGGAAACUUUGACGAGUGACGAGAUUAUUCGUAUUGUAAAAUUAUUUGCCAGUCAAGGUGUUACUAAGAUAAGGCUUACUGGUGGAGAGCCUACGGUCAGAACUGAUAUUGUUGAUCUAGUCCAAUCGAUCAAACAAGUGCCAGGAAUCAAAGAAAUCUGUAUGACGUCUAAUGGGUUAGCACUUCACAGGAAGUUACCUGCAUUGAUAAGAAACGGAGGUUUGACGUCAUUGAAUCUGAGUUUGGAUACAUUGGUGGAAGGUAAGUUUUUAUUAAUUACAAGGAGAAAUGGAUUAUCCGCAGUGUUAAAGUCGAUUAAUAAAGCUUUGGAGUUGGGCGUGCCUAAAUUGAAGAUCAAUGUGGUAAUAAUGAAAGGUGUCAACGAAGAUGAGUUGCUGAACUUCGUAGCUCUCGCCAGAGAUAACCAGAUCGAGGUCAGGUUCAUUGAAUACAUGCCAUUCGACGGGAACAAAUGGUCAAAUAACAAAAUGAUCACUUAUCAAGAUAUGCUGGACAAUAUUCGAGUCAGUUACCCUUCAAUUCGCAGGAUUGCCCACAAACCAGGAGAUACAGCCAAGUUAUUUGAAAUUCCUGGAUUUCUUGGAACGAUAGGUUUCAUUACAUCUAUGACAGAAAACUUUUGCUCGUCAUGUACUCGUUUGAGGAUUACCAACGAUGGAAAUCUGAAAACGUGUCUCUUUGGUAAUGAUGAACUAGAUCUGAAGACACUUUUGAGAGAGGGAACCUCCGACAAGAGGAUGCUUGAGGCCAUUGGUGCAGCAGUGAAACUUAAAAAGGCGAGCCAUGCUGGACUUGGAGACCUUGAAAACAUGCCUAACCGUCCAAUGAUUUUAAUCGGUGGAUAA